AUGAAGACUGAUCUUCGAGUUAUUCGUCAGCACAUCGAUGAGAGAAGGUUCUGGGAUGCAAAAGGGAUCAUUGAGGAUCUGUUGGAGCAGGGUGUAUCAGAUUACUUGUUAUUUAUCUUUGCGGCUAUCACAUACAGUGAGAUUGAAGACAGUGCGAAAUCAGUUAGUUACUAUAAAAAAGCUGCAGAAUUAAAUCCAGAAAAAAGCUUAGCUUGGCAAGGAUUAUUCAAACUUUACGAACAAGGAAGAUACAACGAUUUCAGUCAUAUUCUUACUGUAAUUCAGAAUUUAUUGACACUUUCUGAGAAUUCUCGAGAGAAAUCGUUAUUCUAUGAGAGAGAGAUUGGUUUUGUCUUAUUGAAAAUGAGAAAGUUUGAUGAAGCAUUUUCCUGUUGUGAUCGCUUGAAUGAUACUGAAUUUUGUGAGACAGCAUUGAAAACAAUACUUUGUGUCGACAGUAGGAAUGAAAAUUAUAAAGAUUUGAUAGAUAAAUGCUUAAUGGGGAUUGAUGUUAGCAAAUUAGACGCUACGUUUCAUCGAAAAUGCGCAGAAUCACGUUGUUUUUAUGCAGAAACAUUAGAAGAAAUAUGGAAUGUGCUGAGUUUGCAUGCGACUUAUAUUUCACCUGGAGAUCAAUGGUUGAUAGAUUUAUUACGAUAUUUAGUUGUAAUUUCUUAUUUAAAACGGAACAAUUUGGAUUGUUCAAAUGAAGUCGAAAUGUUGAAAAAAAACAUAUUAGAAGAAACAGAAUUCGAAACUUUACUGUGGAAAAUUCAAAAAGCAGAGAUGAUGUCGUCAGUUACAAGUAUUAAUGAAAGAUUGAGUAAUAACGAUUGUAAAUGGCCAUAUAUUGGUUUGAUUGUCCCUCUUCUACAUAUUCAAGAGCGUUAUGAAGAAGUUUUGACUUGUUUGGAUGUUCCAAUUUCAAAUAAAUAUCCUGCAAUCACUUCAUCCUUGGAUCCGAUCAUUUUGGAUGCAAAAUGUCAAGCAUUGUACGCAAUUCAUGAUGAGAGUGCCAUGGGUCAGUUACAGGUCUUGCUGACAAAUUAUUCGAGUAUAAGGCCGGCUCCUAGGAAUAUUCGACUUUCGAAUGUCGAAAUGGAUGAUGAAUCCAAAGCAAACAUAUUUCACAAAGAAGUGUAUGACAGCAAUGAGGAGGAACUUUACUGGAGAGCCUUUCUGUUGAAAAAUUCGAAAUCAAAGGAUUCUCUACAAGAAGCAAAAUCACUCGUGGAAAGUGCAAUAAAAAUGAAUUCAAAGUCUUGGCAAUUACUACUGUUACUUGGUGAGAUAUGUUUUGCUCUACAUUCGGAAGAUGCAAGUGCUGCAUCAGCUUUUGUCAAGGCUGCAAAACUCAACCCACAUAGUAGCAGAGCUUUUUACUUCUUGGGAAUGAGUGUUAGGUCAAAGAAUCGGAACAAAGCAAUAGCUUGUUUACAAAGAGCAAUUAAAAUUCGUCCAAAAAGUACGGAGGUUGCGAGAUUACUGGAUGAACUAUUGAGUUUAGAAGAUCGUAAAGAAGAACGUAUCAGAUAUUUGCUGCAAUUUACGGAAGAUGUUCCAGAUGCGUGUUGGGCGCGGAAACGGUUGUCAUUUUUGCAAAUGCAAAAUGGAAAUCUUGAUGCAGCAAUUGCUGAAAUGCAAAGCUUGCUUGCACUUGGUGUUUCGGAUGCUAGCGUUUGGAUCACUUUGGGUGAUGCUUAUAAAAAACGUGGUAACUAUCAAACUGCCAUCAAAGCUUAUAAAGAAGCUAUACUUCUUGAACAGGACAAUGAAAUUGCUCAAAUCCAGUUCAUUCAAAUGUGUCAGAUUAUGGGCCAGUUAGACGAAUCAAUCAAACAAUGUUUAAAAUUGGAAGAAUAUAUUGGAAAAAAGCAGAAUGGCGUAAGCUGUGUUUACCUGCUGCACGCUGGAUCUUUGAUUAAAUUAGCACAGAAAUCAUCUUAUUCGUCGCAAUUUGUGCAUUUAAAUGAAUUCUUUGCAUUAAUUGGAAGAGUUUUCGAGCAGAAUCCAGAUUUGAUGUCACCUUGCAAAUUUUCUGCGGAUGCUUUGUUAAUGGCGUCUAAAUUUCAUAUUGAUACAUUCAAACAAUUCAUAUUUCCUGUUGAUUGGAAAAUUAGAUCGAUUAAAGAUGCCCUUGAGUUGGCUAUUCAUUUCUACUUUGUUAUUGUCAAAAGACACUCAAAAUGUGAUCGAGGAUGGAAUGAUUUAGGCGUUGCAAUGGUGAAGAAAUGUCAACUGACAAACGAUUUAAACUGUGCAAAAUUUGACUUUUCCAGUGCUAUUGAGAGUUUUAAACGUGCUAUUUUGUUGUGCAAAUCAAAGACAGUGAAGUCGAAAUAUUGGACAAAUCUUUCGGAAGCUGUUGCGAUCACAAGGAAUGAUUUAUUGGUACAACAUUGUCUAAUACGUGCUUUACAUCUAAGCAUAAGGAAUGAUCAUGCUUGGCUUUUACUUGGAUUAUUGUAUGGAAAAUAUAAUAAGUGUGGUCUAGCACGGCAGGCUUUUCUUAUGGCACAAAAAAUCAAUCCUGAAUCAGCUGAAAUUUGGUGUGCUUUGGCUGCAAUGGCUGAAUUAGAGAAUGAUCGUAAUGCAAUGGAUUUAUAUAGGCAUUCAUUAACGCUAAAGCCUACUGAACUGGCUGCAAAAAAGUAUGCGUAUUAUCUAAUCAGCAAUUUGAUUGAAAACCAUGAAAGGGAUGAUGCAAUAACUUUUAAUUUCGAAGCUGUUCAUGACAUUAUUGGUGUAAGUAGCCGCAGUGACGAAUUUAUUUUCUUUGUGAGUUUAUUAGCUGAAUUUUCCUGGUGCAUGGAUUAUGCUGCACAUUAUAUCAACAACUGUCAUGAUUGGCCAGAUCCAAAGAUUUCUAGUUUGCAUAAACGACGGAUUGCUUUACGAAAUAUGAAUGCUACCUCACUGGAGCAGGCUGAUGAAUUUCAAAAUUUGGGUACUCUGUAUUCAUCCCAUACGCUCGUAAUUUAUGAAAAGUUGUUAGAAGAAUUUACUUCUUAUGCGCAUCUUUUCUGUGCCUUAGAACAAAAUAAUGUAGAGGAAUUUCGAGCAGUUUUGUUCAAAAACAAAAUUCAAAUUCCUUUGUUUAUUGCUGCUGUUAUUACUUUUCAAAAAGCUCUAAGCGAUGAUUUUAUUAGCGUUUUGGACGAUGUCAGACCAGGUCAUCGUAUUACUAUGGUUUUUCCGCCUUCUAAAAAAUGUGAUGAAAAUGCUGAUUUUUCAUUUGAUCUUACCGAAGAAACGAGCAAAAACACUUUACUUCGAUACGAUUUUAUGUCUAAGCGAUUAUGUGAUUUAUUGGGACUAAAAGUAGUACUGCUUCGGUUAUCACAAGCUACUAGUACAUCUGUUGAAGUGAAGGAAGUUUGA